GGUUGAUCGGCGCGGGGCUGGGCAUUUGGUUUGCUCCGAUUGGCUGCGCUGUAGCAUUGCUGGCGUUCCAGCGCCUUUGCUACAGGUUGUAGGUUGCGAUCAGCGGAUCUGUACGGACCGGAAACCGGGAGGUACAUUUUAUAAAGCUUCAAGAUGUCAAAGCAACAGGCUCAGUUUACCAAUCCUGAAACACCAGGAUAUGUUGGAUUUGCCAACCUUCCAAAUCAAGUUCACCGCAAGUCUGUAAGGAAAGGCUUUGAGUUCACGCUAAUGGUUGUGGGAGAGUCUGGGCUGGGAAAAUCCACUCUGAUCAACAGCCUCUUCCUAACAGAUCUGUAUCCUGAGAGGGUAGUUCCUGGAGCAGCAGAUAAAAUUGAAAGGACAGUGGAAAUUGAAGCUUCCACUGUAGAAAUAGAAGAGCGGGGUGUGAAGCUGCGUCUCACAGUAGUUGACACUCCAGGCUAUGGAGAUGCCAUGAACUGUGUGGAUUGUUUUAAACCAAUCAUCUCUUAUGUGGACAACCAGUUUGAGCGAUAUCUGCAUGAUGAAAGUGGCUUGAACCGACGGCACAUUGUAGACAAUAGAGUUCAUUGUUGCUUUUACUUCAUUUCCCCUUUUGGACAUGGCCUGAAGCCUCUUGAUGUGGAGUUUAUGAAGGCUUUGCACAAUAAGGUGAACAUUGUCCCAGUCAUUGCCAAAGCUGAUACUUUGACGUUGCGGGAACGUGAGAGGCUAAAACGAAGGGUACUGGAUGAAAUAGAAGAACGUGGGAUCAAAAUCUACCACCUGCCAGAUGCAGAGUCAGAUGAAGAUGAGGACUUUAAGGAGCAAACAAGACUAUUAAAAGCCAGCAUCCCUUUUACAGUAGUUGGAUCCAACCAACUCAUUGAAGCUAAGGGUAAAAAGGUGAGAGGCCGGUUGUACCCCUGGGGUGUGGUGGAAGUAGAAAACCCAGAACACAAUGACUUCCUUAAAUUGAGGACCAUGCUGAUCACACACAUGCAGGACCUGCAGGAGGUAACCCAGGAUCUGCACUAUGAAAACUUCCGCUCGGAACGUCUAAAGAAAGGUGGUGCCAGCAAGGUAGAAAAUGUGGAAGUGACAAAGGACCAGAUGCUCCAGGAGAAGGAAGCAGAGCUCCGUCGCAUGCAGGAAAUGAUUGCAAGGAUGCAGGCACAGAUGCAGAUCCAAAGUCAAAGUGGAGAUGUAUAACAUUUGUAAUGGCCUUCGGUCAAUAUUUAGAGCCAAAGCGUUGGGCUAACAAGAAUUCACCUGUGGCCUGCUGUACUGUACACAAAGUGCUUUUUUUCUGGAUCUUUCAGAUGCCACUUGCUGUUACACUGCCUGUUUUGUAUGCUGUCUGUUACAAGUUUAGCAUUUUCUAAACACAGCCUAUAAAAAUAUAAUGCAGCUUUAUAUUUAGAUGCCAAGUAUGAAUGAUGAGACUGUACUUCUAUAUGCUUAUCGCAUCUUUUAAACAGGAAAAUGUCCUUUCAGCACUUCUAGCCUUAACCCCCUUUAACCCUCUACCUAAAUGUUCUAUGUCCUGCAAUGCAACUAAAACCCUGCAAGGGAUUACGCUAGUUUUUU